UUUUGCUGAGCUAAAGCAAAAAACAUGACUUCCACCUCGACUUCAACUGAUGAGAAAGCGGCCAGUGCCUGCAGUGGAGAUUAAAGGUGCCUGUUUUUCCUAUGGCUCACUCUCCGUCCUCGAAGGACUUGAGAUGAACGUUCCUCGUGGUUGCAUUUAUGGGCUCUUAGGCGGUAGUGGCUCUGGCAAAACAACACUCUUGCGUUGUAUUCUUGGCUGCAUCAGUUUAUCUGAAGGAUCAGUGACAGUAUUAGGAUCAACACCUAAAACUAGAGGUCAUGUCGGUCUUGGAAGGAAUGUGGGAUACAUGCCUCAGGAUCUGGCUCUGUUUUGUGAUUUCACUAUGAUGGAAACAAUGUACUACUUUGGUAUUCUUUAUGGCAUGAGUAUAAAUAAAAUAAAAGAAAGAGGAAAGUAUCUCUUGGAAUUGCUUGAACUUCCUUCUGUCAAUAAGACUAUUAAGAAUCUAAGUGGUGGACAGCAGAGAAGGGUCUCACUUGCAGUUGCAAUGUUACAAGAACCCCCACUACUUAUUCUUGAUGAACCUACAGUUGGGGCGGACCCUUUACUAAGAGCAAAAAUUUGGCAGCAUCUCUUUGAAUUAGUUGAAAAUACAAGAACAACAAUCAUUAUUACUACUCAUUAUAUUGACGAAGCAAGACAAGCUCAUAUUGUUGGUUUAAUGAGGAAUGGGUGCCUGCUAGCUCAGUCUCCACCAGAUGACCUUAUUAGCUCAUCUGGAUUGGCAACACUCGAAGAAGUCUUUUUAAACCUCUGUCAUGAUCAAGAAGCACACGAAAAACCAUCACCACAAUUAUCUAUACAACACUCAUUAACUCCAUUACAUGUGUAUGGAAAUGAGAAAGCAUUAGGAGAUGGUGCCAAUGAAGAGAGUUCCCUUGCAGUUGGGAGGAAUGAAGCAAGUUGGACUAGUAAUAUGAAGAGAAAGUUCAAGUCAUUUUGUGAAUGUGGCCCUAUUAAUCCAUUAUCCAUAUUACCUCAUCCAAGAAGGAUUGCUGCUUUAUGUUGGAAGAACUUUACUAGUAUCUAUAGAAACCCUGGACUCCUCAUAUUUCAGUUCCUUCUUCCUGCUAUUCAAAUUAUAAUAUUCUGCUUGGCUGUUGGUAACAAUUUUUCUGGUGUCAAUGUUGCUAUAUUCAACGGUGAUAAAGGAUUCAAUUUUUCUCUUGUUGUUAAAGAUUAUUGCACUAAAUUUGAUGAUAUGAAUAAUUUUGGUUCUCUCUUUAUUUCAAAACUUGAUCACAAGUCAUUAGAUAUGGUUUAUUAUGAUGAUAAGUCUAAUGCUGUGGAUGCAGUGAAGGACGGCAAAGCAUGGAUGGCUAUUGUAAUACCGGAAAACUUCACUCAAGACAUGAUUACAAAACUAUUUUUAAUAGUUGCUCAUCAGAGCAUACCUGAUGAUGUAAUAAAUGGAUCCACUAUUGAAAUAUUUGAAGAUAUGACUGAUCUCCAAAUAACUUACAUGUUGCACAAUAUGAGUGCAGUUGCUGCUGAGCUUUUUCUUGAUGCAUUCAUUGAUAAUUGUGAUGAUUAUUCUAGAGAAGAUUUCUCUUCACCAAUAAAAAAUCAUAAUCCACCUGUUUAUGGUAGCCGUCAUCUUUCAUACUCUGAUUAUGUUGCACCUGGAAUGAUUGUCAUUAUAACAUUUAGUAUGUCCAUUGGUUUGACUGCUCUUUUGUUUGUCAUUGAGAGAAAGGAGGGACUGUUGGACAGGACAUGGGUAGCAGGAGUAAAUGUGACUGAAAUGGUUCUAGCCCAAAUACUCACACAAUGCUUUACAUUGUUUGUACAAAGCUUAAUACUAAUUAUACUGGUCAAAUUUGCUUUCAAGAUUUAUAUGGUCCAUUUAAUGAGCAUAUUCUUAGUAGAGCUGUUAACAAUGCUACAAGGACUAACAGGAAUGACAUAUGGUAUUUUGAUAUCUUCUCUCUGCCAUCAAGAAACAUCAGCAACUAACAUAAUGGCUGGAUCUGUUUAUGUUGUACUCAUGAUGAGUUGUAUCUUAUGGCCAGUUGAAGGAAUGCCUAAGUUUUUGCAGUACAUCAGUUAUGCUCUACCUACAACAUAUGCAGCUGAAGCAAUGAGAUCAAUAAUGGGAAGAGGAUGGGGUUUAGAUGAUAUGAUAGUAUGGAGAGGAUUCACUGUGACUAUUGGUUGGUUCAUAUUAUUUGCUAUACUAGCUACUGUUGGGCUAAGACUGAGAAAAUAAACAAAGAUUAUACUGUAUGUCAUCAUACUCAAGCGAUUGGUAGCCUUUGUCUUUGUUCAGUUUGUUGAGAUAUUGAUAGAUGUAAAUGCAUGAGUCAUGCAGGAGCCUGCUCCUUCACUUCCCUGCUUUGUACGCUCUAAUUCAGUCCCAAGGGUCGGCUUUCUCC